GCUAGAUGGACGCGUGCUGGGGCCGGAGUCCUUCACUCUGCCGCCGCCGAGGUCAGCUGGAGGAGCGGGAGAAGCACCGGCAACCACCGGAGGACCCCACCGGAGGACAGCUCCAGACUCACCGCUCCAGCAGGAUGGGGACGUGGAUGACAGACCUGCCAAGACAUGGAUAGACCGCCACAAUGACACAUGAGACCCUCACGUGCUCCCAGCUGUCUGUCAAGGCCGCUGCCCUGCGCAUGGUUAACCUACCGAUGUCCGUUUGCAGCUCCCUGGCUCAGGUGAGUGUCAGCACAGGAACCAAGAAGCUGGUGGCCGCCACUGCGUUUGGUGCCUUCUCGCUCCUCUUCCUCGCACGCCGCUUCCAGAGGAGGAAGGGUAGAAAGAAGGCUCUCUCGCCCGAGUGGGAGAAAGCUGGGUUCGAGUUCUUCCCCCCGGCGUCGGCAGGGAACAAUAACACCAGUCAAAACAUCACCCUCUCCCUCAACUCCAAGAAUGGCUACUCCUCUGGUCUGGUGCUCAGCAGAGGAGACUACAGGAAGCUGUCCGGCUCCCUGCUCAGCUUGGCCUCGGUGAAAAGCAUGAACUCGUCGAGCAGCAGCACCUGUGCAAAUGAAUCCAUCUGUUGGGACAGAGUGGGAGAAGCCGACAUCUGCAGUGUCGUCAACUUACCCGUCACCACCCCUGAAAACCUGUACCUUAUGGGUAUGGAUUUGUUUGAAGAGGCUCUGGGGCGGUGGGAGGAAGCGUUGACGUUCAGGACCAGGCAGACCGAGGACGAGGACGAUGACGACGCAGAGAGUUGUGCUUCUGUCCAAACGGGGGCUGGAGACGCCAUCGCCGAGCAGAGCAUGGAGGAUGUGAUCAGUGCAGAGUUCAUCCACCGGCUGAAGUCUCUGCUGCAGAGAGCCUACAACCUCCAGGAGGAGUUUGAGGGAGUGUUGGGACUGUCCGAGCCGUCAAUCCACAGCAACAGCCAGGAUAAAAUGGCCGACAUUUUGUGCAGAGAGGAGCUGGACGACGUGUGUCUCAGAGACAGCAUCAGCAUCGCGUCCAACGACUCCUUCGUCUCUGCUGUGGAGCUGACGGAGCACAGGGAGCUGAGGAGCGUCUUCGCUCUGGGACACCACUCGUUCUACGACGAGGCUCUAGAGAUGGCUGAGGACGGACAGAUUUCCUGCAGAGUGCUGCGGACUGAGAUGCUGGAGUGUCUUGGGGACAUAGAUUUCUUGGCUAAGUUGCACUGUGUGCGGCAGGCGUGUCAGCUCAUUUUGUGCGAGAGGAAGACCAGGAUGUUUCUGACCGACACAGGAAAGAAGAUCCUGUCGUCCAUUAUUGUUAAAGCGCAGAAGAGCCCCAGGAGAUUUGAGGAAGUAUUUGAAGAGAUGUUUUGCUUCCUGGAUCACCCGGAGCACUGGGAGAACACGGAGGUGGAGCUGGCCACACGAGGAGUGAAGCAUUUGAACUUCUACGAUAUCGUGCUGGACUUCAUCCUGAUGGAUUCGUUUGAGGACCUGGAGAAUCCACCGGUCUCCAUCCAGAACGUGGUCAACAACCGCUGGCUCAACAGCUCCUUCAAGGAAACCGCGGUGGCAUCCAGCUGUUGGUCAGUGCUGAAGCAGAAGAGGCAGCACAUGAAGGUGCCCGACGGGUUCAUCGCUCAUUUCUACGCAGUGUGUGAACAGAUCAGCCCCGUCCUGGCCUGGGGCUUCCUGGGACCCAAGAGCUCCCUGCACGACUUCUGCUGCUUCUUCAAGGACCAGGUGCUGCACUUCCUGAAGGACAUUUUUGACCUGGACAACGUGCGUUACUCGUCCGUGGAGAGUCUGGCAGAGGACAUGCUCCACCUGCUGCACCGCCGCUCCGAGCUGCUGCUCGCCUACCUGGGCACCGACCCGCUGCGGCACGUCAACGGCUGCAGUUCCCCGCAGGUGCAGCUGCUGCCCAGCGCCCUGCUGGAGGCGGGAGCUCAGUGAGAGACGGGAAGAGAUUCAGACGCAGGUCCUCAAACAACACACGCAAGAAAACCACAGCAUUUAUCUACAGCCCCAGUCGGACCAGAGCAAACUGUCGGUGUGGAAGCAAACACACUAGAGGGUCAGAGCCCGACAGUCUCAUGACUUCACCCUCUGACGUGACCUCCACCCAUCUGCUCCAUAAAUCUGGUGAAACUGAAUAUCUACUGUAGAAUUUUAACGUUAAACACAUUUCCCAUCAUACCUUGUGCUCUCAUCGCUCUGUAUCUGAGGAUCUUCAUAAACUGAACCAGCCGUCUGCCUUCACACACGACCAUUACCUCCAGCACGGCCCCUCUCUCCGCCCCCCCCUCUCCACUGUGCACAUCAGUUUUUAAAUAUCACAGCAAUAAUAUUUAGAAUGCAAACUUGGCAGUGGUUCUCCCACAGUAGAUAUUACUCUGUGAAUUAAGGUGUAUUUGCUGCUAUUAAGAGCAAUUUAUGUAAAGAAAAUAAAAGGUAUUUAUUUUAUUAAACAGCUAAAUGACGCAGGGUUUAUUUUGUAGAAGUUGUAGUAGAGCCUGUACGCGUCGAUCAGCUUCAAACAUGCAGUGGUUUGAAUAUCACGGCUGUUGACUGAACCUCAUGAGAUAUUUAUUAGAUGUAUUUCCACAUCCUACUGAACAUCAGCAAUUAAAUGCACUUUGCGUUUUUUGUUACAAGCACAUGCUGCCCAGGGAAGUUACUUAUAAAGGGAAACUGUUCGAGGGUCGACCAGAGAACUUUGUUGGAAAUGAUAGGAUAUUUUUUUGUUGCACCACCUGAAUGAAUCCCAGCACACGCAGCCUCCCAGGACCAUGAUCCAUCAGCUACAGGAACUCAAAGCUUAAACGUCACUGUUUCAUAACCGUCCAGCUGUUUAUCAGCCUGUGUCCCUCAGCUCUUCACACAAGAAGCCUUACUGUCACAUCUUCAAGCCUUCAUCCGUCACUGAAUGUUCGUCUGACAAGUUUAUUCUCCAGUAAUAGUGGCCGCUCUGCUGUUUAGUCACUGCCACGUACAGAACAUGCACCACAUGACGAGCAGUGGAGUCACUGCAGGACUAGAUGUGUCGAUUCUAAAAUGCUGCACAUUGGAAGAACAGUGUGAAUCGUUCAGAGGUGAAGGACGACCCUCAUCAGCUCUUUCUGCAGAGAUGAACUGAACCUGACUUAAACACUCACACCGACACCAGUGAUCAAUGAAACAGUUUCUAACUCACAGAUAAAUUCCUAAAGGGAUCAGAUCCCCAGUCCUGCUUCUGUAAAGAUCUGUUAAUCUCAUGAGGCUUUAAAAAUCAAAGCGGUUUUCUUCCAAAGGUCGAUUGUUUUCAGUUGAGAAUUCUGUUUCUAUGGACAGAUGAAAUAAUCUCACUUCAGUUUAUUAAACCGAUAAUUCUCAUGUUUCAGAGAUUCAUGUGAAUGUUGAUCUUUAACGUUGGGAACUGAAUCUGUUGGUUUGGUCAACUCAUUUUUAGACUUAAGUCAAUUUGGAUGAAGUUUUUUAUUUGCCAAAACAAAAUGGGACAAUUAAAGAUCAUAAGUGGAACUAGUUUCCUCAUCAGACUCUUUAGCUCUGUGGUCGUGAGCCUGCAGAAACUAAAUCUAAGACUUUAGGACCUUUACUAUGACGAAAUGCAGUUUAAUAAAUAGUCAUACAGCCAAACAAAUGGAAAAACCCCUUUGCACAACAAAACCAUGGGACUGUUUCUCGUUUAAUUACGUGGAAUGUACUGAACACAUUUUUUAGAUCUUAACUAUUUUGUCAAACAUCACGAGGCUUCACUUUUGGAGAGACUCACUUGUUUAAAUUGUGAAAUGACUUAAUUGAUCCCGUGUGUAAUUUGAAUCACAAGUGAGUCAGUGUCCAUGUGAGUGAUUUAAAAACAGGCCGUCCUUCAUCUCGUCAGGAAAUCAAGUGAAACAUUUGUGACUUCACCUCGAACAAAUGAAUCUAAUAAAGAUGUUUACGUGUUAAA